AUGGAAGCUGGACGGCUCGCGGCGCUCGCGAUGAAGAACCACGCCUUGCCCCUGCGCAUGACGCUGGUUCGCGAUCGUCAGGCUCAGGCGGGUGCGACCGAGCAGAAUGCGCAGCCCGACUCUGAGAUGCCGCUUGCGGCGACCCGGCCCGAGCAGAAUGCGAGCAGAAGGGCGGAGGCCCCCACGCUCGCCGACUCCGAGAUGCCGCUUGCGGCGACCCUGCCCGACCGCGAGGAGCCGCCGCCGCCCGAGGAGCAGCAGCCGCCGAUCCUCGUGCAGGACUCCGUGGAGUCUGCAGGCAGCGGGCUCAAGCGCGAUGCUGACGGGGCUGUUGACGAGGACGAGGCCGACGGCAAGAAGCGCAAGAUCGACUUGGACGAUGUGGAGCUGGCCGAAGCCAUGGAGUUCAAGCGAGCCACCGAGGAGCUCGCCGAGCAGCAGCGCAUGGAGAAGCAGAAGAUGGAGAUGAUGUUUCGGGAGCUGGAAGAGAAGCAGCGCAUGGAGAAAGAGCAGGCGCAGAAGAAGGUUGACGACAUUCGUGCAAAGUGGAAGGCGCGGCGCGAGGCUGGAGGUGAGCCGGCUUCAAGUGGUCAGCGUGCACAGGUGGCGACAGAGGCAGAGGUGAUCGCGGCCAAGCAGAAGUUCGAGGACGCGCUGCGCGAGGCCCAGCAGGAGCAGCACAUUCGGGAGAUCGAGGAAGAGCAGCGCCGUCAGGAGAUCGAGCUGAAGAAGCACGAGGACGCCGCCGACAGGGAGGAGCGCAACAAGAUCAUCAUGGCGGAGAUCGAGGCUGAGCAGCGCAGGGCGAUGAAGGCCGCCACGGAUGACACGCCCACGGCGAAGAUGACCGAGGGCCAGCGCGCCGCGUGUGUCUCGCACGUGGAUCGCGACGAGGCUGAGCCGCUCCCGCCCUUGACCAUGGACGACAUCAUGGAGGAGAUCAACAAGGCUCGGCGUCCUCGGAGGGCGCCUUCUUGGAGCGCGCGCGGGCGCUGGACCGCAGGUACCUCGACGCUUGGUACGAGCAGCGCUUCGGCGGCCUCUACGCCGACCCAAUGGACGCACUGA